AAAGCAUUCUGCGAAUCUGGAGGAACCGCAAAGAGCGAGGAAGUGCUCUUCCUCCCGCCGAUUGUCGAUGCGGCCGAGUCCUCGCCCACUGCCGCCGCCGAAUGCGCGCGCAUCAUCCGUAAAUACCUGGCCAAAGACUACUCGUCGCGGCCGUCAUGGCAGUACAACGCCAUUAUGCUGAUGCGGAUACUGGCCGACAACCCGGGCGAGACCUUCACCAGAAACUUCGACACCAAGUUUGUAGAUACGGCUCGGGCCUUGCUCAAGAGCACAAAGGACAACAGCGUGCGCCAGAUCCUCAUGGACACGCUCGAUGACUUUGAGCGCUCCAAGUUCUACGAUGUGAACCUGACCCUCAUCAUUACCAUGUGGCAAGAGGAGAAGGAGAAGGCGAUCAAGCAGCAUGGAGGUCGAGCACCUACACUGCCCCAGCGCCCUGCGCAGUCCUCAACGCCCCAGUCCUACAAUGGACACUCGCAGAACUACUUCUCCAGGCACCAUAGCAAUCACCGACUGCCUGAGCCCGUCGAGCUGACCAGCAGGUUGGAGGAAGCGCGGUCCUCGGCUAAGCUGCUGGAACAGCUCGUCAUGAACUCGCCGCCCGUGGAGCUGCUCGAAAACGAUCUUGUCAGGGAGUUUGCCAACCGCUGUCUGAGUGCCGCCAGGAGCAUCCAAGGGUACAUGUCGUCCACGGAUCCCGCGCCGGACAACGAUACCAUGGAGAGCCUCAUCGACACCAACGAGCAGCUGCAGACUGCGCUCAGCCAGCAUCAGCGCGCCGUGCUCAGCGCCCGGAAACAGCUGGGCCUCAACGAGCGAUCCGAGAACCCGUCGCCUGCCCCUGAGCGACAAUCCCCCCACGGCUCAGGCGGCCCCAAUGGCGCUCAGGGAUGGCAGGCCCCCGCUGCCGGGCCGUCAUCGUCCACCUCCAGCCCCGCGCCCUUCUCCCAUGUCCCGAGUGGUAAUGGAAAGGGCAAGGACACGGACAUGUACAGCUCUCCUUUCCAUCCUCCACCGAACGCUGGCCAGCAGUCGGACCCGGGCCGGGGCAGGGCGCCACCACUUGAGCCAGAACCGUUGCAGGAGGAUCCAUUUCGUGAUCCGCAACCCUCUGGUCCGAGCCCCAAUGGCCAGCUCGCGGUUCCCGGAGACGAGCCCUUCCACCCAGGCUUUGGGAUGAACAGCCACCGAGACGGUUCGUCCACACACGGCACUGCUGGGUCCGGCGUUGCUUCCGAGGAUUACUCGACACACAACCCGCAGCCCGACUACCAAGUUUCAGACGACGAGGACCUUUAUUCGUCUCCUCCAAAGAAUAGCAAGGAACCCAUGUAUCGGUACUGA